AUGAAUACCAAUGUAAGAUCUAUUUAUCAUUUAACUCAUUUGGCUGUUCCGUAUUUAAUUAAAUCCAAGGGAAAUAUAGUGAAUGUGUCUAGUGUAAAUGGUAUACGCGCGUUUGCGGGCGUUUUGGCCUACUGCGUUUCUAAAUCAGCUGUGGAUCAGUUCACUAGAUGUGUUGCUUUGGAAUUGGCUUCAAAACAAGUACGUUGCAACAGUGUUAAUCCAGGGGUGACCGUGACCAAUUUACACAAGACAGGGGGGAUGAAUUUGGAGCAAUAUGAAGCUUUUUUGAAGAAAAGUGAGGAAACUCAUGCUCUCGGCAGGGCUGGAAAACCUGAAGAAGUGGCUCAGACAAUUGCAUUUUUGGCCAGCGAUGAUGCCAGUUUUAUAACUGGGGUUAGUGUUCCUGUUGACGGAGGAAGACAUGCCAUGUGUCCCAGAUAG